UCUUCUUACCAAACCCUCAACUAACCGAAACACCCCACGUAUCUUCCUCUUCAAUCUUUUUCCUUUUUCCUUUUUUUUUUAAAUCUUCUAACCAACACUCUAAGAAGAUCAAAUGGUACAAAAAUCGAACUCUAUUCCAUAUGGGUUUGCAGUCGGAUCAGCUGGAUCUUUGUCUCCUAAAUCUAUGGCUUUUUUCGAAAAUGUUUUUCGCUCCAUCGUACGUGAGGAGGUGGAUGCACAGCUUAAAGCUCACUCGGUUGAUGUUGAAGAGGGAAAAAAAGUUGGUGGUGGUGGUGGUGGUGGUGAAUCUGGAGGAACAAACGAGAAUUUGAGGCUACGUUUGACGAACAAGAUUCCAUCCAUCAUCUACACUUCAAAUGACAUCGAAGCCGAGAACGGGGAGGAGCUGCGUGUUGAAUUAUUUGAUGUUGUCAAUGAUCGCAUCAUUGACGUUACUCAUCCUUUGUCGUCGGCGUGGAUUGAGAUUGUUGUCCUCGAUGGAGAGUUAUUCGACCACGGCGAAGCAAUAAAUCACUUGGAUUUCGACACAAGUGUUGUAGCUCAAAGGCCGGAAGAAGGACCUUGGUUGGUUGGUGAUGACAAGAGGUUUCGGUUACAAAAUGGUGUUUAUUCCAUCACCAAUUUGUCAUUCACUAGAAACACCUUCAGGAGCAGGACUAAGAAGAUUCGUUUAGGAUUAAGGAUUAUAUAUGACUCCAACAAUAACUACCCCACAAUCCGACCUGCCGUUUCUAACUCUUUUAGAGUGAUGGAUCAUCGAAGCCAACUGAACAAGAAACAUCAUACUCCGAGAGGAGAAGAUGAAGUAUGGAGAUUGAAAGGGAUCGGGCGAAAUGGCAAAUAUCAGAAGCGCCUAACUUCCCGUGGUAUCCUAAAUGUGGAAGCCUUUGUGAAGGCUUAUCAAAAGGACUCUCGUUCUCUAAGAAAGUUGUUAGGGAAUAGACUUUCAGACAGGAAAUGGAAGACAAUGGUAGAGCAAGCUCUUCAGUAUGUUCCUAUCACCAUCCCCACUUUUCAUCCACCAAACGUACAGCAGGAAAAUUUGGAGCAAAAUGCAGGCAUGGAUCAAAAUGAAGCUGUUUUCAACCAAAACAUUUAUGCAAGUAAUGGAAAUUAUGAGUUCCAAGAUCAAACAGUUUUGGACAAUUUUCAAGACUCUCUCUUUAUAUAAUCCCUUAUUUGGAGAUCAUUAUAAUUACACAAUUGCCAACGUUGUUGUCACGUGGAGAAGCUUCAACAUCAAAUGCCCAAAACACAUAAACAAUCAUGUUGAAUAGACAAGUACAUGUAACCAAUACUUCCAAUGGAUCAUGCAGCAAGUUGGUUCCCAAACCUAAAUGAUGCCAAAAAAAAGAGAGAGAGAGAGAGAGAGAGAGAGAGAGAGAGAGAGAGAGAGAGAAUGGUCACAAAAUCAAAUUUGAAAUAUACAUGUGACGAUUAAGAUCAUGCUUUUUUAUUUUUUUACAAAGAAAAAGAGCAAAUAAUCAAAAUUGAGUCAAGACAUGUUUGUAAGACUAAAUGUUCAUGUAUGUGUCAACCCUAGUUGUCUAAUAUAUGUUUACUUUUAGUUUAAGAUACGAUGAAAAUGUUAAGAAUA